AUGGUAUUUUUUGACCCCACUGCCUGUUUCUUUCUGCGGGAUGUGGUUCUUGUCUACAGUUCUACUUUGUGUCCCGUGGUAUCUGCGAGACAUGCUCUUAUAUCUCGCGAUGAUACCAGUCUGUCCAAGUUGACGCUAUCUGGCCCAGCUUCGCUCCCAAUAGACGCAACACCACCCUUAAACCCUGCCCUCGCAAGUUUCAGUAUUGAAACUGCCUUCUUUGAAGAAUACAUGGGAAACCAAUCCUAUCCGAAUACACUUUCUCAGAAUCUGUUUGAGAACCUAAAAGAGAGGACUGGGGUUCCAGCCGAAGUGCGCAUUGGUGGCAUCACCGCUGACUCGACAUUCUGGGAUCCGAAUCAGGAGGCUGCACUGUACAAUUUCAUCAACAGCACGGGUGCACUGAUAAACACUACACUUGGACCCCAGUUUUGGAACACUGUGAAGCUUUUACCAGAAGGGACGAAGAUCGUCAUGACGCUCGAUCUAGAGAGCUUGAAUUAUACUGGAGCUCUUGACAUGGCUGAGGCAGCGUGGAUGGGUCUUGGUUCAAGCCAAAUUUCUCGCUUUGAAGUAGGAAAUGAGCCAGAUCAGUAUUACCUUGACCUCGACGCCCAGAACUAUACCGCUAUAUGGGAGCCGUGGACUAUCAAUAUCUCGAAGGCGUUGGGCAUUGAUUAUCCCGAGUUCCAAAUUGGGGCGACUGUUAUAGACCCUUUGUGGCCGUAUAACACCCCGCAAGCAGACGCGCAGUUUAAUUGUGUUAGUGCUCUGGCUGCUGGGGCCAACGAUGGACACACUGCCAUGACGUGUAGCGAACACACAUACCAGUACAGCGUUUGUGAUCCAACUAGGGCUGCUGUAGCUACAUUGACCAACCUGGUGAAUCAUACACGCUUGGCUGAAUAUUUGGAUCUUUGGCAGCCCCGUAUCCAUAGCGUUCGCGCCCAACUCGGACCUGAUGCCUUUGUUAUCGGUGAAUUCAAUUCCGUCUCUUGUUCUGGACGGGCCAAUGUCAGCAACACAUUCGGUCAAGCUAUGUGGCUGUUAGAUACGACGCUCUACGCGGCUUCAAUCAAUGUCUCACGUGUUUAUGUGCAUCAAGGUGGACCUCUUGCACUGCAGAGCUCUACGCAGCUCAAUCACGGCGGGCUCUCACUCUACAACCUCUGGUACCCAGUUGAAAACCAGAACGGCCCUAUCCAAGUGUUCCCGGCAUAUUCGGCCUACCUCUUCGUGACUGAGGCCAUUGGUUAUUCGAGGUCACUGCGCCUUUCAAAUAUCUUCCCAGGGCGACAAGCCAAUGGAUCGUCAAUUACGACCGCAGGUGGUGAUCCUUCUGCUGGUCAGAUCUCGAUAUAUGGUUUCUGGGAUGAAACAUCCGCCGACAGCUAUGAUUACCCAACUAAGCUCGCGCUCCUAAACCUUGAGCUGUACAACCAGACGGAUUCGUACCCUCGUCCUAAUAUCACGAUCGACAUAUCUGCGUAUUUGCCGAAGAGCUCAAGAACCGAAUUAACGACUUGGGCAGGGCAAACUUUUGCCUCUGGCGUUGCAGAAGGCGAUGUUGUCGAGGAAACAGUGUCCAAUGGACAAGUGGUCGUCGAGGCUUCCUCUGCUGCUCUGGUGUAUUGGUAA